GUUCGAAAUCUGAAUUUCGAAGUAAAUUUGAGAGGACAGGCGACGGCCUGACAACUGAUUCAGCUGCGUGAUUUGUUUUCUUCUUGUAAUGAUUACUUUCUCAUCGUGAACCAGUCCUCAAAAAUUGGAUUUAUAUCAUGGAAAAAACCGGAGAACAAAGACUUCACAAAUCGCGAUCAAAACAUGGCGAUUGCACACCUGAAACUCGAGAAGGCUCAUCUUCUGGAGCCACUGGUGGUGCCGUUCGCAAGUCUCGCAGACGAUCGGGGGAGCGAUCACGUUCUCGCAAUCGCAGGAGGAGUGGAAGCUCGGGUUCUCAGAAAUCACCUACUGAUGCCGAUGGAGGCUCGAUCGCUAAACCUCUCCCGGGAACUCCUGCUUCAGUUGAGCCUAAACAAAAUGGAUCAUCAUCAGAUAAAGAGAUGAAGCGGAUGUCCAAGCUAGAUGACCCUCUGGAGAAGAAUGCCAUCAGGGAGAAGCUGAGGGGCAAGCCAGGGGUACGGAGAGAGGGAGGAGAUGCCCCCAGAACAAAAGGACCAAUGGUUGCGAGACCACCUUCAUCACCAUCACCUGUAGAUGGGUCCUCAUCUGCCUCGUCCACCCCACCCCCACCACCGGUAUCAGCAUCCUCAUCGUCAGCAGCGAGGAGACCCAGAUCUCUUCUCCCUCAGAGGUCACAGUCUCCUUCAUCACAUGGCAAGGAGUCACCUUUCACUAAACAGGUUGUAAACAGAGUUGCUUCACCCACAUCACCCAGAAUUCCAAGACACAGGGGAUAUGUUUCUCCUUCUGGUUCCAGACCGGGCUCUCCUACGGGCGGCCACAGGAGGGUGCCAUCACCAAACAACGAUUGUCUGUUCACGCUGGCAGUCGGAGUUCUGAAGAAGCGCGUGGAGAGGGCGCUUCACGCGAGACUCUUCCUCCUCACUCAGAGCGGUCCCAACUCGUUCCUUAUCGGUGGAGACUCGCCAGAUCACAAGUACAAGGUCACCAUCGGGUCACAAAAUUGCAACUGUGGUAAGGGGCCCUUCUGUGUUCAUCUGCUCUUUGUCAUGCUACGAGUGUUCAAGCUUGCCGAGGAUGACAACCUUCUGUGGAACAGAACCCUGAAAAAUUAUGAGGUGGAGUUGCUAUUUUCCAAAUAUGAAGCUAUGAAGAAGAAGAAAUUAAAGCACUCUCCUAGUCAGUCAAGUCAAAGGUCACGGAGGUCAUCCCAGAGUCCAUCCACAUCGCACCUUCCCCGACCAAGCUCUCCAUGCCCAUCAACAGGCAGCAGUGACCAAAGGGAGGAUGAAGACCUGUGUCCUAUCUGCUUACUUGAAAUGGUAGAGGGUGAGAGUCUAGUGGAAUGCAAGAAUGGUUGCCACAACAAGCUACAUCAUCACUGUGUAGCAAUAUGGGAGGGAGAGUGCAAGAGGCAACAGGAGCCUAUGGUGUGCCCUCUGUGCCGAGCUAUUUGGGCCGAUUGCGCCCAUGAGAACCAGGCCGGAGCUGGGGCAGCAUCAUCCACCCCUCAUCCCUCCACGGAGCAGGGACCGGUAGAAGAGGAGGCUGGCAUCACGGAGAGCAGUAGACUCCAGACAUUCCAGCAGAAGAAAGAGGGAUGGAAAGAGGCGUUUGAUAACAGCCUCGUCGAAGCCAUGUUCUCCCGUGACUGGGGCAUCCGUGAGAACACCCUCCACUCGCUCAGUCAGCAGUUGGCGUCGAAGCUGAAACACAGCAGGGAAGGCCUGCUGAACGAGCCUCACGACGUUGAGACGUGUGAGCAGUGUUUCCAGGCAGACAUGAUCACCAUGGAAUCUGGCUUCAUGAUGGUUGCCAUGGCGUGUUCUGAUCCAGUCUACAAAGUUUAUGUAGCAGCAUUGAGAGUACUACGAACUCUCUUGAUGUGUUCACACUGUAGUACCGAAGACCAACAAGCCCAGCUGAGAAAGUGGUUACAGCCUGUCAUGUCGGCCAUCUUGGUCAAAAGCGCAGAUGGCAACAGACGUACAGCUCAGCUGUCUGUGUCAGCCAUGUUUGAACUUGCCAGAGGAGAUUCCGGAGAGCUAGCAGUCAGCAAAGAACUCUCCUGCUCAAGUUGUAUAGGACUGGGCAGCCUGGAUUAUAUCCUGUCUUGUCUCAUCAGCGACAUCCAGAUCAACGUUGGAGAGACAUCGUGGCAACACAUCCUAGGAUGUCUUUGUGUCCUGGAGAGAGUCUUCUCUGACUUCCCGGAGCGCUUCGUCAUCACCGAAGACCACAGUUCUGAAGUGGAGAAGGCGAGCAAGAUCGAGUGUCUGGUUUCCAUAGCGACCUGCGUGUCCUCCUACCUCAACAGCAGCCAUACCAGGAUGUGCAAGAUCGCUAAGAAGAUAUCGGUAACCGUGGCGAAGAUCCUAGUAGCGGAUGCCUCGGGGUUCGCCAGGAUUUGUGACAUGAUGAGGACGCUGGAAUCGCGGGAGGUGGGAAGCCGGAUGUUGCGCCGACUCCAGAAGAUCCUCGAUGAGUAUGAAGGUGCUCAAGAUGAAGCAGCGAGGGAGAGAGAGGAUGCUGCUGUGCAUGGUCACGAUGAAGGAGGAGGAGUGUGUGAUGAUGAGAGAGAUGGGAGACGGAACGGGAUGCUAUCCAAUAUUCAGGAUUCCCCUUGUGCUGCAGAAAACACUAAUGUAUCGUCAAGAAGAUAUGAUCAUGCAAUAACACCAUCGAGACCUUCUCUAAGAGACAAUGCAGAUGGUUGCUUUCCAACGAGAACAGAUAGCAACGAGCAAACGAACGUUAGCGACCUAUCCGACUUGUCAUCAGCCUCUCCGACCACACCCUGUGACAACCCCAUCUGCUUCAAGUCGGAAGUGGCAUCCUCGCCGAAGAAGAGAAUGGCCGCAUUCGACUUCACGUUGCCGGGCGUCGGCUCCAAGAACUGCAAAGAUGAGGUGGAGGCGGAGGAAGCAGAAGCUUUAGCUAUUGCCAUGGAAGCAUCCAUGCAUACUCAGUGUGUCUUACCGUGUGUCCCAGGGCUGAGGACAGAGAGGGAUGGAGAUGUUAUCAUCAAGAUAGAUCACAAGAAUUCCACAGAGGAGGUUGAUGGUGUUGUAAGCCCAAGAUCAAAGCAAUACACAGAGUCCCAGAAUUGGACCAAGGGUGCUAUCUUAGGUACGGGUGCUUUCUCAUCGUGCUACAUGGCUAGGGACGUCAAGACAGGAACGUUGAUGGCAGUCAAACAGAUAUCAUUCUGUCGCAACAACGCCGGAGACCAAGAAGACACCAUGGAGGAAAUCAAGAAGGAGAUCAAGCUAAUGGCCACCUUUGACCACCCUCACAUCGUCCGCCUCAUGGGGGCGACGCAGCACGACGCCCACUUCAAUGUGUUUGUGGAGUGGAUGCCGGGUGGAGCAGUUUCCACGCUGCUCAAGGACUUCGGUGCCUUCAGCAACGCGGUGACGGUCAAGUACAUCCACCAGGUGUGCCUGGGGCUGGCUUAUCUUCACGAUAACAGGGUCAUCCAUAGAGACCUUAAAGGGGCCAACUUGCUGAUGGAUAGCACUGGCCACCACCUGAGAAUAGCUGACCUGGGUACAGCAGGCAAGAUGAAUGCUGAUAUCACGCGGACUGAUGAGUUCAAAGGUCAAUUCCUAGGCACUAUCUCCUUCAUGGCUCCAGAGGUGUUGAGAGGAGAGCCGUACGGUCGUAGCUGUGAUAUCUGGAGUGUAGGGUGCUGUAUCAUUGAGAUGUGCACCACUAAACCACCAUGGAAUAACACAGCGAUAUCCAACCAUUACCAACUCCUUUUCAAGAUCGCAAGUGCCAAUGGGCCUCCGCCGAUCCCAGAAUCCCUCUCUCCAGCCCUACGAGACAUCACUCUUCGUUGCCUCGAGGCCGAGCCAUCCGCUCGACCGGGCGUCAUGGAGCUUCUGAAGCAUCCUGCAUUCACUCAGAUGAAGAGAUGAGCCUUUGGGCUAUUCUAAUCUAUCUUGAAGCCUCCAGCCCUACAUGACAUCGCUCUUCGUUGCCUCGAGGCCGAGCCAUCCGCUCGACCAGGCGUCAUGGAGCUUCUGAAGCAUCCUGCUUUCACUCAGAUGAAGAGAUGAGCCUUUGGGCUAUUCUAGUCUAUCUUGAAGCAAUGAGGGUACUUCUUUCAUUUCUUGGAAGAAUUUGAUGUAUCUUGUAUCUGGAGAGGGAAAAAAUAAUCCAAACACCAUCCGAAGUUGGCUUAAUGUCUGUUGCAGAGGAAUUCACUGAAGUGGAAUUUUAUUUCUGGGUUACUUCAGAGUUUCUUAGAGCCUUAAGGAGAUAAAGAGUCUAAGUAAUGGAUGUAGAAACCAUUUUAAGCUGGCUUUUUUGCUUGAAGCAAUGCCUAUAAAAUAGUAUUGUAUUCCAAUAAGAGCUCUCAAGCAAAAGGUUCUUCUUUCAGGGUUACCUUGAGGCUUGAUGAGCUCAAGAUCGAGACAAAGCCAUGAAUGUAGCUGGCUUCAUUUGUGGAGGUAAUAUCCGAGCAGUGUUUCUUUCUGCUUGGAGGAAUAGACUUGAGCAAAGAAUCUUUCAAUAUUUUUUCAAGCCUGAAUUCUAAUUACCAUGUGAUGUGCAGAUAGAAAUGUAGUUCCCGCAACAAAUAGUCUGGACUUCUCAGGUGCCAUGCUGGUCAGGUGAAACCAAGAGUAAUACUCUCUACUCUGCCCAAGACAAGUGAUUUUAUGACUGAUGUAACUGUACUAGGAAAGUAUAAAUUUGACAUACCGGUAACGUACUUGUGUGCAAAGACUGCGAUAAGAUGUGAUGACAUUAUGUGGACAGUUUAAAUGCUGCUUGUUAAAGUGAGAAUAAGUGAAGUUUAUUUUUUAUAUGUCACUCUUCUUAAAAAUCUGUCUAUGGUAAAGACAAUCAUGUUUUAAUGAUGUGAGAUUAAUUUCUUACAUAUAAUGUACAUGAAAUUGUUGCAUAUACUUCUUUGUAUUCAAAGGAUCUCUACCAUUUCAGUUACAGUAAGUUGAAAUAAUUUUAACUCAUCCACGAUUGAUUUCAACUUUUCUGUAAUACUUCAUGAAGUGCCCAGUUAUUAGACAUUAUCAAUGCCAACAAUAAGUAUGUAGCCAAGAUGUACUUAAUAUUUUUUUUACAAUGUCGAUACCAUUCCAAUGGAUACCCAUUUCUAGAAGUACAUCAGAAGUGUUAGCCUUAAAUUAUGUGUGUGUGUGUGUCCUUAUUUCUAGCAAUAUAUUAUAAAAGCCAAGGUUAAAAUCGUGUGUGAUUGGAUCCUUUAAACUUUUUCUGCCUUAAUUAACAGUGACUGUAUUCGCUAAAGAACCACCAAAUGUGCCCAGAUUGACAUAGUUUUGCCAAGAAGAUUACGAUUGUUAAUAUUUAUGUAUUUUCUUUCCAUUAAAGAAACCCAGUGUUUGGAAAACUCCCUCUCUGACUUUCAUAUACUAUAAUGUAUAAAAACAAAAGGAGAGUUAUAUCCCAACAGCUAAUUAUGAUAUUGGAGAAGCUUUUAACCCCAAUAUAAAGUAUAUAUUUUAAAAUGUGAUAAUUCUCUGUCCAUAUUCUAUAAUAUGGGUUGUUUUACUAUCUUUACUAAAAUAAGUUUUUCCUUUUUUUUGGUAAAGAAAUGCAAGGCUGUGUAAAGUAAGCUUUACAUUUUAUCCUCGGUGUAAAAAUACUUCAGAAAAAAAGUGCUCACUUUUUUAAUGAUUUUAUAUUUCCAAGUGCCAUAUGUCCCAGCUAAGUGCCUAAAACUUUUUACCAUUCUGAUAUACUCUUUUUAAAAUUUCCAUUUGAUAUAUGAUACUAUCUCAACAAUUAAGACUGGUAAUUUAAUAAAUACAAACAAGUCCUUUUAAAUUCAAUUGAUUUUGUUCUUGAAUCGUAUCGACCUGAGUAUAUUUAAUGCUGUAAGCUAGUUUUAUUUGAUAACUUUUUUUUAUCUUGCCUC